AUUUUGAGAAAAUACGUAUUGAGAUAUUAUGUAGAUAAAAUUACUGUAUCGUUAAGUAUUGUUUACCACGAGUAACCAACGAAUCUAGAUAACACAAAAAUGUACAUUAUAUAAUAUUAGCAUGCAGAACUAUUUUGCUUAUAAUGUCAAAUUAAAUCUCGUCAAAAUUAUGAUAAAUUUUACAUUGCCGCGUUCACGACCGCGUCAACUUGAAGAUUUCCGAGUCCUGUUUAAAUAACCUUAAGAUACAGGCCGCUGAUUUCGUGGAGAGGAGAAAGAAUACAAUUCCAUGAAGUUACAUAAUUAUUUCUUUAAAGAAAAUCCUUGUACCACUAUACGAUCAGCUAAAGAGAAACAGUAAAUCUGAAUGCAUUUAUGCGUUUGAUUAUUUCAUCACUUUGUAAUAUUUCAUCAAGAUUAUCUCAUUACUGCACGAUAUAGCAAUUAAAGUUGCAUGCCAGAUUCUAUCGUUAUACGCACUAGGCGUGGGGGAACCCACAUGAUAUCAUCGUAUAUAAGAGAAAUAACGUUCGUGUAGGAUAGCAAUUGACUGUCAUUCUCCGAUGCGUAAUGUCGAGCAUUUUAACAACGGUAUAAUAUUUGAAUAAUAGAUGUGUCCGAUAAAGUGCGUAUUUCUACUUUGAGUUCAGUGGUGUUAACACGAUCAAUAUGAUAGACGUAAUCGUUUUGUCGGCGAUAGUAGGCACCUUGGGCCUCUAUUAUUUUUUCUUCAGACACUUAAAUUACUUCAAGAAACAUGGAGUACCGCAUGUGAAGCCUUUUCCCAUAGUGGGAAAUAUGGGAUCGACGAUCUUCCGUCGCGAAUCACUGGCCGGCUUUGUUAAAUCGAUGUACAAUUUAAAUCCUGACGCCAAGUACGUCGGCGUAUACGAUGUGAAAAAUCCAAUCGUAAUGCUUCGCGAUCCUCAGCUCAUUAAGCUUGUGACAUUAAGACAUUUUGACGCGUUUAAGGACCACAUUAGCUUCGUCGAUGAAAAUCAAGAUCCAUUUUUCGGCAAAAACCUGAGCGUUCUUCGCGGAGAUAGGUGGCACGGGAUACGAUCUAUGUUGAGUCCAGCUUUCACAUCCAGCAAAAUGAAAAGUAUGUUUAAGCUGAUGUCGGACUGCGGUGUCGACUUUAGCAGUUAUUUGGCGCAAUUGCCGUCGAAGAAGAGGACAGUGGACUCAAAAGACAUCUUCACGAGGUAUACAAACGAUGUAAUCGCUACUUGCGCUUUUGGUCUUAGCGUAGAUUCUAUGAGAAAUCCUAAAAACGAUUUUUAUGUAUACGGCAAGAAAGCGACCAACUUUACCGGUUUCAUUCUUUUGAAGUUAUCUGUACUUAAAGCCUUUCCUUGGCUAGCACGAAUAUUAAGAUUGACAAUUAUUCCCGAGGAAGUAGCAAAUUUUUUCCGAGAUCUCGUAAAAACCACCAUAAAAACCAGAGAGGAGAAUGGUAUCGUCCGUCCUGAUAUGCUGCAAUUGAUGAUGGAAAUGAGGAGUAAAGAGGGCAAGAUCGAAUUAACUAUCGACGACAUGGUGGCACAGGCGUUUAUUUUCUUCUUUGGGGGCUUCGAGAGCACUGCUACGUUAAUGUGUUUUGCCGCUCACGAAAUCGCGGUAAACCAAGAUAUACAAGAGAAACUUCAAAAGGAGAUUGACCAGGUCUUGGAAGAUACGAAUGGACAAGCAUCUUAUGAAGCGGUUAAUGGCAUGGAAUAUUUGGAUGCUGUAAUCAACGAGGCUUUGAGAAUGUAUCCGGUUGGUGUCGUGUUGGACAGAUUGUGCUUGAAAGACUUUGAGCUGCCUCCGGCACUACCAGGGAUGAAACCUUUUACGAUCAAAAAAGGACAAGGCGUAUGGAUACCGGUUUAUGGACUGCAGCAUGAUCCAAAAUAUUUCGAAGAGCCGGAGACAUUUGAUCCCGAGCGGUUUCUUGGCGAGCGGAAGAAAGACAACCUUAACUGUGGAGCCUACCUUCCUUUCGGUCUUGGCCCCAGAAUGUGUAUAGCUAACAGAUUCGCGUUGCUGGAAACGAAGGUUCUGUUUUUUCACUUGCUAGCACGUUGCGAUUUGAAACCCUCCGAGAAGACGCCAAUACCACUCACGAUCGAAAAGGGGAGUUUUUUUAUGAAAUCCGAAGGAGGUUUCUGGUUGAAUAUAAUACCAAGAAAAAAUACGCAUAGUUCUAUUACAACUGAAGUUAUUAAUGGAACAUACCAGGGGUAAAAAGAGAGAAAUUGAUUUGUAAUAAAAUUUGAAUUAAACUCUAUCUUCUUUUUUUUAGUUAUUUAAUAACGUAAAGUUGAUUAAAAAGGAAAAUGUUUCGAACAAAUAAUCGCAUGGUGUAAUUGAGCACAAAAAUAUACUGUUAUACGUUGAAACUUCACACAAAAAUUUAACAUAUAAAAAUUGAUGUCGUACGUAUAUUUGAAAUUAAUUGGUCAGGAUUAGUAAGGAAAAUUAGUUAAUGUUAUUACAUUGUGUUAAUUAUUGUUAUAAAAUAUUAUGCAUAUUUCAUAAUUUGCUAAUUUAUAUGUAUAUUGCGAAGUAUAUAUCUUUGAAUAAUAUAUCUGCCAUUUAAUUAGAUUAAAUGCAUAUUUGGAAAUAUAUUCGAAACAUAAAAGAAUAAUCUAUUCUCAUGGAAAAGUUUUCACGUGUCAUGCAUGAUGCAGUAGAAAAGAACGAAAAUUACGUGCAUAUUUCUGUAGCACUUUGAUAGUAAUUGAUACAUUUCAUUUAAUACAUAUCGUUUUAUUGAUGAUGUACUGUAGCUGACAAUGGAAAUCAACGAAACGACAAAGAAAUUCUUCAUUAUCGAGAGUAUAAUGUUACAAAUAUUUGUUUCUUUUCCUUGAUAAUUUUCGAUAGCAACUCAACAUUGAUAAGUUUCAAAAUUGUUGUCAAUCGUGCUCAGAUAAGUUUCAAAAUCGAUAAAACAUUAAGAUGUAAUCAAUGAACUGAUUGAAAAUGUAUAAAUGAUAUUGGAUAGGAUAUAUACGUAAAGAUUUUUUAAUUGUGACCUAAUCUUUCGAAGCAAAACUUUACUGUAAAAAAACAGUGAAUAUCUUAAUAUCGAUUUGCAUUAUAAUAUGAUAAUUUUCAAUAUGACUUGGAGCACUUUAAUGAAUUGCGAAGUUUGAUUCUGGAUGUUUUACAAUGUGAACGGAGAAAAAGUAAUUUUAACUUACAAUUAGACGCUUAUGUAAAUCUGUCCUUUGGCUUAAGCUGAAGAACAGUAUAAUAGAUUUAGGAGAAUAGCAACUUUCUUUGAUUUUGUUAAUUAAACUACUGUUACGAGAUAAACUGUAACUUAGCGAUAAUUGAAUACCGCUCGAGUUUUCUAAAAUGCUAUGAAAACUGAAAAGAGUUUCUAAAUGUAACGUCAAAAAAAUGUAAUAAUUACUUUAACUACUACAGAUAAAAAUUUUGUCAGUCUAGACUAUACGAACGGUAGUCUGUGACAAUACGAUUGAUUCGAAUAACAUAUAAAAAUGAAAAAUUACGAUUACAUAAAUAAAAUAAAUAUUUAUAUUCUAUAAAUAU